AUGACUUCUUCUUCCGUCACCAGAAAGCUUGAUGUAGUUUCUCCGGUUCCCGCCGAUAUUGAUAUUGCUAACUCCGUUCAACCUGUUCACAUCGAUGAAAUUGCCAAGAGUCUCAAUCUUACUCCAAAUCAUUACGAUCUUUACGGAAAAUAUAAGGCUAAGGUUUUGUUGUCUGUUUUGGAUGAUCUGAAAGAAUCGCAAAAUGGUUAUUAUGUUGUGGUGGGAGGUAUUACUCCAACUCCUCUUGGUGAAGGCAAAUCUACUACUACUGUUGGUCUUUGUCAAGCCUUAGGUGCUUUUCUUGAUAAAAAGGUGGUCACAUGCGUUCGUCAACCAUCACAAGGACCUACUUUUGGAAUCAAAGGAGGUGCAGCUGGUGGUGGUUAUAGCCAAGUGAUUCCCAUGGAUGAAUUCAAUCUUCACCUAACAGGAGAUAUCCAUGCAAUAACUGCAGCAAACAAUCUUCUAGCAGCUGCAAUUGAUGCCCGGAUUUUCCAUGAAUCAACACAAUCAGAUAAAGCUCUUUUCAACCGGUUAUGCCCUGCAAAUAAAGAAGGAAAAAGGAGCUUUAAUGAUGUCAUGUUUAGGCGUCUCAAGAAGCUUGGAAUUUCAAAGACUAAUCCAGAUGAUCUUACACCAGAAGAAGUAACUAAAUUUGCUAGACUUGAUAUUGACCCUGAUUCUAUUACAUGGAGGAGAGUAAUGGACAUCAAUGACCGGUUCCUAAGGAAAAUUUCUGUUGGUCAGGGACCUGAUGAGAAAGGAAUGGUAAGAGAAACAGCAUUUGAUAUUUCUGUUGCUAGUGAGAUAAUGGCUGUUUUAGCAUUGACAACAUCCCUAGCUGAUAUGCGCGAGAGGCUUGGGAAUAUGGUUAUUGGAAAUAGCAAGAGCGGUGACCCUGUAACUGCUGAUGAUCUAGGUGUUGGAGGUGCUUUAACUGUUUUAAUGAAGGACACCAUUAACCCUACUCUUAUGCAAACUUUGGAAGGAACACCUGUUUUUGUUCAUGCAGGUCCAUUUGCAAAUAUUGCUCAUGGAAAUUCUUCUAUCGUGGCUGAUAAAAUUGCACUAAAGUUGGUUGGACCAGGUGGAUUUGUAGUUACUGAAGCUGGUUUUGGGGCUGAUAUUGGAACUGAAAAGUUCAUGAACAUUAAGUGUCGAUACAGUGGUUUGUCACCUCAAUGUGCAAUUAUUGUUGCAACAAUAAGGGCACUAAAAAUGCACGGUGGAGGGCCUGCAGUUACUGCUGGAAAACCUCUUGAUCACGCAUAUUUGAAUGAAAAUGUUGCUUUGGUUGAGGCUGGUUGUGUGAAUUUGGCAAGGCAUAUAAUAAAUUCAAAACUUUAUGGUGCGAAUGUUAUAGUUGCUAUCAACAAGUUUUCAACCGACACUGAAGCCGAGCUAAAUGCGGUUAGAAAAGCUGCCUUAGAUGCCGGAGCCUUUGAUGCCGUAGUAUGUAGCCAUCAUGCCCAUGGCGGCAAAGGAGCAGUGGACCUGGGCAUUGCUGUUCAAAAAGCUUGUGAGAAUGCGACACAGCCAUUGAAGUUCUUAUAUCCUUUGGAUAUAAGUAUAAAAGAGAAAAUAGAGGCAAUAGCAAAGUCAUAUGGAGCCAGUGGUGUUGAGUACUCAGAACAGGCCGAGAAGAAGAUUGAGUUGUAUACCAAGCAAGGAUUUUCAGGACUUCCAAUCUGUAUGGCUAAGACUCAGUAUUCUUUCUCUGACAACGCAGCAGCUAAGGGAGCUCCAACUGGUUUUGUCUUACCAAUAAGAGACGUAAGAGCUAGUAUUGGAGCUGGAUUCAUUUAUCCUUUAGUUGGAACAAUGAGUACCAUGCCUGGGUUGCCAACAAGACCAUGUUUCUACGACAUUGAUAUCGACACAACAACUGGAAAAGUCAUUGGUCUCUCUUAA